GCUUGUAAUUUGUAUCGUUAAUAAAGAAUCUUAGAAAUAAUAAAUAUAAAAAAUAGAAUAUUAUAAUCUAAUGAAGAUGACUUUGAAACAAUCUGAAAAUUUACAAUCUAACGAUAAAAUUGAUUAUUCAGAAGAAAUAAUCAAAGAAUUAUUUGGCGUAGAGCUUCCGGCCGAUUGGAAUGACUUGAAGAGAGAUGAAAAGAGUGAAUUGACAUAUCAAUGGGUACGUGAUGCAUUUCCGAAUGUACCAGAAUCACUAGUUCCAAUGACAGCCGGUUUGUCAGUAGACGGUGACUCUGGAAAAUCAACGGAAGAAAUACCCGCUUGGUUAGACCGCGAGAAAUUCGCGCGCGGUCAAAAAUUCGCUCAGGACAAUGUUUUAGGAUUAUUUUUCUCUGUACUUUUAACUUUGUUUGCAUCUGUUUCAUUUGAAGAAGGUCUCAAGCCUUUGGUUGCCACUGGAAAAUCAUCAGAUCCUUAUGGAGCAUUUAAAAGAUAUCUGUCGACUAGUAUUCGAAUAAGAAACUGGUAUACUAGCGAUCCUUGGACAAAAGGCACACCAGCAUAUAACGACUUGAGAGCAGUACGACGAAUUCACACAAUCAUUCGUGCGAAUGCAAACUCAAUGUCUGAUGAAGAACUGACAAAGGCUGCGACGAUUGAAAAUUCAUUUUCACCGACGAGAAAUACUUUAUUACAAGAUUUUCGAUCGGCAUGCCCUGUAACCUUACCUGGACAAUGCCCUUUUGCAAUUAAAUCUCAAGGGCCCGUCAAAUUAAAAAGGAUGCAUCAAUGUGAAAUGGCUUGCGCACAGGGUGGAUUUUUUUGUUUAGUUGUUCUUCAUCCUAAAGCUUUAGGUAUCCAUGGUGUAACCGAUGAACAACUUGAUGAUUUUUGCUAUGUUUGGAGAUGUAUUGGUUACAUUUUGGGUAUUGAAAAUGAGUUCAAUUUCUGCCGAGGAACAUUGGACGAAAUCAAACAACGUUCUGCAGACUUUUUAAACCUCUGGAUAAAAGCUAAUUUCCGUGAUAUUACACCAGAAUUUGAGCAUAUGAUGAGAUGUUUAACUGUUGGGUCAAGCUAUUAUCUUGCCGACGUUUCUUAUGAAGUUAGCCUGCUGUAUUUCACGGAACUAUUGAAUCUUGACAUGCCACGAUUACGUGCAGCACUGAGCUACAGCGAUUGGAUAAAACAUAAAUUUAUCAAAUUUUUAAUGUACUAUGGGAUGCAAGUACCGCAACUUAAACAGUUUUUGAAUGCCCAAAUAAAUAAUAAUAUCAAUGACGCAUUAAAAUUCACAAGUAAAAAGCAUGCAAAGUUACAAGAAAAAUCGUCAAAACUUUUAUCAUCUGUAACAUCUAAAAACAAUGAUAAUAUUUUCACAAUGAAAUAA